UGUUUAGAUUCUGAUGUAGCGGAAGAAAGUAAAAAGAUGGAUUUUUCCGUCUUGCUGCAAGAUCUUAAAGAUGUGGCGGAGAAAUACAAGGGAAAAUCGACAGAGCCUGCAAUCUCGACCAGUGCAUAUGUGGACAUGUUUUUAAAGAUCUUGAAGCGUGCCCAGAAAGUGACUGAAGACUACGAGGAACAGAUCCGCGUACUGUAUGUAGUCCUCAACCAGCUGGCUGCCAUUUAUCAAGACCUUACCCAGGGAAACCACAGAGAUCAACUCUGUAAAUACAUCUUCCAACUCUGUGCCAAGACAGUACUGCACAUACAGUGGUCGCAUUUAGAUGAGCACAAUGCAGCAAAGACCAAUCUCAUAGAAGCUGUGAAAAAUGUCACUGAAAUACUUGAACAGCAUGGAUUUAGCAAAUUUAAGGUUAUUCAGGAGUUGAUGGACAGCCAUUGGACUCAUCCAGUUCUCAGCAAGAUCAUGUCUGGCGAGGAAGAAGACGAGAACGAUGAGGAAUGUCUGGAGUACAUCAGGAGCCAGGAUCCGGAGGUGUUGAAGCUGCGUGUGGACAUCAUGAUCCACGAGAACUGUGAGGAGUUCGCUCUCAACCUGUGCAACUGGUCGCUGCGUCACCCGGCCAUGAGGACCAACAACCUGAAGAUCAAGGAGCAGCAGAUUUUCAUCCUUCACAAGCAGGAGGAGUACACCAAGAUGCAGGAAGUGUGCGAAACCAUCGUAUGUCAUGACGGCAUCCAGGUGAUGUCACAUCUUGCCAAAAACCCUGCCAACCAGGCUCUAUGUAUCCGUCUGGCACAGGUGUUCCUUAUACAUGACUGGGUGAACCCAAACAGAAACUGUUGUACGCAGGAGCUGCUAAAGCUGUGGAUCCACCACCAGUAUCUGGCUGACAAGGACGAGGAGAGAUUCCUGGAGAGCAUCUGGACCGUGGCCAAGGUGUGCAGAGACACCGAGCAGAUCGGAACACUCAUAGAUGGAGUCAAGAAGGAGUGUGGGGACAUGUUCAUUCAGCUGUACACAGAGCUGUGCAAGUACGCAAUCAACAUCGAUAAAGGGAACUAUGAGAAAGAGAUGGCUGCAGGAAACCUUGCAGAAGCAAAGAGACGAAAACUUGCCCUGUCUAAAACCUGUGUGAGAAUGUCAUUGAUGCUGAAGGAGCAUGAUUUCCGCAUGUCCCGUUUGUGUGGGCUUACCGCAUUCUCACUUGAUCCAACAACGGAGAAUUUGAAUUUAGUGAACAAGUUGUACUGGACAAUUAAGCACACUUCAGCCGUAUCACGUCAUAGUAAAACUGACAUUGCAACCUUGUAUGAGAUUGAUCGAUUGCUUGGCAAAAUGCGGCCAGAUAGUUUGAAUCCUGACUACAGCUGGAAACAGUUGAUUCCUUUGUGCAAACGGUACAAACAUGAUUGUGAUCUGGAAAGGAAGGGGAUCAAGGUGGAGAAACGAGAAGUGCCAGAUGUCCAAAUAGAACCCGAAAGUACUGUCAUACAAACUGAUGGGCACAAGCAGCCAAAAGGUAAACGAAAGGAUAUUGAAAAAGCCCAUAUUGAAAAAUUGCUCAGUGAAAAGCGUUUGUCACAGGAGGAGAUUGAGAAAUUGAUUCGAGAAAGAUUCCCUAGAAAUACGGACCUUGAUGAUGCACCUGCAUUAGAUAUGAAGGAACUGGAUAAGACAAUUGAAUCUCUAAAAAAAUCAAUCUAUGAAGAGACCUCAUUCCGUGAAUCAUUAGAAAAGAACUUUUCUCCCCUUCGUGGGAGGCAGAAAUCUCCAGUUGCUGCUAGUGCUCACAAUAACACUGUUGGUUCAAGUUCUGCAAAUCCUGACAAUCAUGUUAAUGCUAAUAAACUUCUGUAUAAGCAAUUGUCUGAAGGUAAAUCCAUGCAGCAUCAGGUAUUGCCAUCAACCUUGGGAACAUUGUCACAUCAAGUUCCAUCAACCAGCUUUCAGAUGACACACCAACCUCCGUCAAGUUCUGCAAACCUUGUAGGAAGCAAAACCAGAAACUUACAUGGUGUACCUACCCACCAGCUGCAUGGACAUUCACCAAAUAUUUUAGGAAAUAAUAGGAAAAUCCCGUGUGCUACCGUUAGUUCUUCACAAGUGCAGUAUUCAGGGCAAAGCAGCAAUAGUGUACCGAAAAAUGUUCAGCAAAUGAAGCCUUCUGGGCAUUUCAAUAUUUUAAGACCCACAGGAAGCUCUCAACAAGAAUGUGCCAAGAUUGCUCAGCAAAUAGCAGAGAUGCGAGAGAAAGAGAGAAGAGAGAAACUUGAGCAAGUCAGAAACCAGGGUAAGAUGGAUGCAAAAGCUUUGAGCAAGGCUGUUCUGCAGGGUCAUCAAGGCAAUGCAAUUUCCAACCUUCUUAGUCUAACUUUCCAGGGAAAUAAAUCAGCCAAUCAGAAUCAAGCAGCAUCUGUAUCACAACACAGCCAACAAGCUGUUAGCAGUUCUGUAAAGCAUGACCAGAUUAGUAAUCCCAAAUAUGUUUUGCCAACAGAAAAAGUCAUCACCCCGUUGCAGGUUGAAAAUAGAUUGAAUCUGGGCAAGGGAACAUCUGUGAAGCCUGUUCUGUCAAUGAGAGUGCCACGGUCACUCACUGAAGAACAAUUCAAGCAGCUCAUGCAAAAAGUGCAUCAGAUGACAAGGAAAAUGUCCCCUACAAAGUCAAAUCCAUCUCUUAUGUCGCAGCAAGCUUUUAAUGAGGGCGCAACUGUGACAUCUGCAAUUCAGUCAAAUGCCAAUGAGAGAGACUUUCUCACUGGCUUGACGGUGAACAGUCAGGGACUUCUUGAGACUGCUGUGGCAUCAGCAAGCCCAGAUAUUGCAAUGGCUAACCUUGAUACCCUGGCAACUGCAAGUCUGACACAUCUAGAACAAGCCCAAUACACCCGGCAAAUGAAAACAAAUUUAGAUAGCUCUCAAAUGGAAAUCUCCCAAAUGAACAAUCAGGGCAUUGUUUCAGUCAUCACAUACUCACAGCCUAAUCAGGUUGUGUUUUCUUUGCCACAGCAGUCUUCGGUGAUGCUACCACCACCUGUUGUUCAGAGUAUACCACAGCCUGUCAUGCAGCAGUUUGUGACAAUACCCAGUGAUUCUUCAGUGUCACAGCAGCAGCCUCCUGCAGUCAACCAGUAUCAGGUACCGGUGCAGACAUCUGUGCAAGUCCCUUUCAAAUUUCUCAGUGGUGGAAAUGUGAAGCAGGUUCAGCAAAACCCUGUACUGAAUACUCCUGAACUCAGUCCAGCGGUUGUGGAGCAGUUAUUGGCCAGUCUCAUUAAAAGGGGCGAGCAGAAAAGCACACAGCAACCAAAGCCUUCCUGGCCUAAGGAUAUCCUGCCAAAAGCAGCCCCGCAGCAGCAAGUUAAUUUGGGUUACAAAAUUUGUACCACAUCACCAACUAGUCAGUCAAUAUCUAAGAGUGUAGCAGAUGCAACCAAGAAGAUACUUCAGCUGAGGGAGAUGUAUGGACUAAAUCCUGCAUCUAAUCCAAUUGCAACAGAUGUGAAUUCAUCUACAGAAAACAGAGGAAGUGGGAGCCUUAUACAAAAGCUGAUGAUGGAAGAUGACUCUUGUGAUUACAAGAACAGUAAACUAAGUUCUUUCAUAGCUGGUAUGCCUGCUUCCAAAUCCACAGCCAGUGAUGAUGUGCCAGACUUACCAGACCUUGGAGCCAAGGAAGUUGCAGCUAUUCUUGGACUAGAAACUGAUGGGAAUCAGGCAGAGCAAAAUAACACCAUUCCCCAGUCUACAUAUCUUAAUGCCAACAGAAAAGCUAAGGAGAGGGAAAAGAAGGAUGAGGGUAGGAAACAGAAAGGUGGUCAAACCAUCUUUAAGUGUGGCCAAUGUGGAAAGAUGUUUCCCUCAAGAGAAUUAGUAGAAGAACAUCAAACUUUGGAACAUCAAACUUUGGAUCAUCAACUGAAUUGCAAAUUCUGCAACAAGACAUUCAAAAAUAAACAUACCCUGCGUGGGCAUGAAAGAAAAAACUGUCGAUUUCUGAAAGCUGAGUCCUCCACUUUUACUGGAGUGAAAUGCUUUACAUGUGGAAAACUGUUUGAGUCCGUUCAGAAAAUAAAGGACCAUGUGAAGGAAGGCUGUAUCGGAUCGAAUGUUAAAGUACCACUUACAUUCAAUCCAGGUCAAUUUGAGUUUUCAAUGUUGUACACAUGUUCAAGAUGUGCUCAGGUAUUUGCUAAAGAGGAAUUUGCUUCAAAUCAUGUUUCCUCUUGUUCUGCCGUGGUGCCUGAUACAGUUCACCAUGAACAAGCAACGGUUCUUGUGUUGUAUAAAUGUUUAAUGUGUUCCAAGUUGUUUGAAGACAAAGAAAAAACUUACCGGCAUGUUUCCAAACAAUGCCCAAAACUUAAAGUAACUAUCGGCCAACAACAAGUACAGAAGGCAUUUGAUGAGAUUCAAAUGAAAAUGUUAAGUGAACAAAAUGAGCGUAAACACAUUUACCAGUCCGCAAGUCAAGAUGAUCGUGAUCUUUCUAAACAUACUGCAAGCACAAGUUUAGUUGGAGUAAACCAUGCACAGACCAGUGAUGUUGCGAUAAAAAGGAAGAAAUCUGCAUCUAAGCACAAUGAUCAUAAAAGUGUGGAACAUAAUUCAGAAAAAAAUCUAUCAUUAAGAACUUAUUGUGAAAGUGACAAUAAUGUUGGCAAUAGUGUAGAGCAUAAUUCAGAGAGAAAUGUAUCAUUAAGAACUUAUUGUGAAAGUGACAAUCAUGUUGGCAGUAAAACAUUUUUAACAUCAACAGACAAGACUUCCAAAGGAAACAAUGCUUUGUUAGAAAGUGCGCAAAAACAAAACUUCAAUAAAGCAGUGGAAGAUACUCCCUUAGAAAAUAACCACUCUAAACCUGUGACUCUAAUUGAAAACCGCAAUAACCUGGAUAUAGAUAAAGUGACACAUACUAAUGAGAAUGGAGCCUACAAAGCAACAGCUAGAGACACACUUGCAUCUGAGAAUAGAAGCAACAUGGUUAAAGCUGAAGUGACACAUGUAAAUGAAAAACCGGGUGAUAUGGUAAAAGAAGUGUCCAGUUUAGAUGUAAGUAGAGGCAACAUGACAGCAGAUGAAGGGACAAAUGUUAAAAAGAAAACUGACAACGUAGAACUAAAUGAAGGGACAAACAAGAACAAACCAUUAUAUGAACCAUCUGUAAUAAACAAUAUUGUUUCAGAAUCUGUUAACCAUCCACUAAAUGCUGAAGAAAGUAAGGUAAAAGAGGAGAUUAAAAAGGCACAGAAAUUAGCAAAGCAAGUUGCAGUAAGGGCAGAUCAUUUGCAAGAAGAAAGAAAUCAUUUUUUAGACAAAACAGAUUCAAUGCAAGAAAGAACAGAACUUUUAGGAAACAAAGAGUCAUUACCUGUAAAUACAGAAAACCUUCAGGAGAAACCACAUUCAAUUGGUAAGCUUCCUCAUGGAACAGUUAAUGCAGGCUCAGGGUACAAAAAUGAUUGUAUUUUGGAAUACAGUGAAUCAACAAAGGAACAAAGAUUGUCUGCUGAAAAGCUGUACUGGCAAGAGUUCUAUGCGAUUGAGAAAAGAAAAGAAGAGGAAAAAUCAAAGGCAUUACAACAGGCAGCAAAAGAAAGAAAGGCUCGUUCAAUUAAACAAGCACAUGUACAGGAUUCAUCAGCCACUUGUACAACAGAAGUUGACAUGGAAAGAAAGUACGCUUUGGAUCGGCAACUUCAUGAAAGAGCCACUGUUUCUGACAACCAAUUAGAACUUGAUAAAAAGGCGUCUGUCAACUCCGAUUUAGAAAAACUAAAUGCCAGCAAAUUAAAAAAUGUUAACCAAAUAUUGGGUAAUAUGGAUCGCUUCCGACAGAUAAAUGAAUGCCAGGAAAUGCAGCAAAAGAAGACAGGUGCAGAAAUCAACAAGCCUGAUCAAAAAGAACAAGCUUCUCCUGUUGUCUCAUUUGAUAAAAAAACAAAUUUGCUUAACCAAAACAGUACUAAGAACAGUAAGGAUUCAAAAGUGAUAGUUGAAAAGAAGAGUCAAGAAAUAAUUCAGACCAAGGCAAAGGUUGAUACUAGAGAAUUGAUCACAAAUAGAAAUAAGAAAAAACAACCCAAAUGUCAUCCUUCAAGGCAUCUUUCAAAAGCUGCUACUAAUGAGCGUUUACUUCGAAAAAGAGGAUUAAGAUCAAAGAGGCAAAUAAAGCAAAGAAAAUUCUUUGAUGAAGUGGAGACAGUCUCAAAAGGUGAAUCAGUAAAGCAUUCAACUCCAUCAAGAAGCCCUCGGAGACAAGAAUUGAGCGAGUCUGAAGAGGAUAUUCCCAAGGGACAAGAGACGUCACUGCAGACAACAGAGCAAAGGUUGUAUCUUAAAAGGCUUCAGUUUGAGUGUAAGUUGUGUGAUUAUACUAGUCCUCAAAGCAGAGUGAAGGUACCCGCUUACAUUGGGACUCAUUAUAUUGUACAGCAUAAGAUGGGAUUUAGACUGAACAGACACAAGUUUGAAUGCAGAUUUUGUUCCUUCAAUGUUCCAGACAGUAAAAUGAACAAGAUAAAGGUCCAUCUGCAUGAGAAACACAGAAAUGAUGUGUUUGAUGCUAUUUGCAAAGGUAAACUGGCUAAUAAUGUUGACAAGCAGACUAAACUCUCUCCAAUAAAAGUGAUUGACGAUUUGAAUGUCAGCAUGACACGUUCAAGAAUUAAAGCAGAAAAAGUUCAAAGAGGUAUGAGAGCACUGGCUCUCAGAAAAGAAUGUGCAGAUAAGCUCAGGAAACUUGCAGAAGAAAGAAAGAACAUAUUACAUUUUCUUGAAAAUGAAGAAGCAAAUAUGGAAAGUGAUCUGAAUAGUUAUAACAUCACAAGUGCACACAUUUCACCAACCCAAGUAAGUUCUAACAAGUCAACACCAUUACUUUCUGAUGUAAGUACUCCCUAUGAAUAUAGUAGUCCAAUAACAAAACAGCUUGCAAAAAGGUUAACCAGGAACAUGGUUAAGGAUAUGAAGGGUAGUAAGAUUUUGACCCAUUACAGUCGUUUGACUUCACAUGCUGACCUUUCUGAGUCAGAAAUAUCAUUUGAGCUCGCUUCUUAUGGUAGGUCUCGUUCAGCCUCAGUCAGUAGCAGGUCAUCAAGUAUCCAUGGUGGAAAAUUGCGAUCUUUAAGAAAUGCUGGGCCGAAUAAAUCAGAUAUGUCUGAGGAAAUAAUGGUAACUCGUAGUGGACGAAAGAUUAGGAAACUUGACAUUGACCAGUUUUCAACAGAAUCUUCUGGGUUUCGAAGUGAUGACUCUGAUUCUGAAUGCAAUAGAGAUCCUGAAAUAACAAGGUCAAGAAGAUCAUCAAGAAGACAACAAUCAUCAGAACAAAAGGACAGUAAUCAGGAAUCAGAAGAAUCAGAUGCAGAGAUAAGUGACAAACCAAAACGGAAAUCAUUAAAAGUAAAGCAGAGUGUUGAAAAGACAAUUUUGUUUUGUUUAAAUACAUCUGACGAUUCAGAUGAAGAACCGUUACCCAGAAAAACACGAUCUUCUUCUAGGAAACAAUCUGAUUUAGAUACAAAACACACAAGUGAAAUGAAGGAACUUUCUAAUGCAAACCUAUUUUUUGGGAAUAAUCAUUAUGAUUCGGAUACAGAAAGCAAUGCAGCUGAAACAGAUAACAAUAGUUCUAAAAAUAACAUGAGGACGAAAUCAAACAAAAUUCAUGAGGAGUCUGAAGAGAUGGAUUGUAAAUCAUAUGACAUUGUUGCAAAGACAGAAUUAUCUCAAGUUAACACAUGUGUUCCUUCCAAUGUACAAAAUUCAAAUAGAAAAGUUAUUGAAUCCAUCCAUUCUAUUCAGGAGGAAGAUGUGUUGAAAAAAUAUCAUGACAUAGAAAACUUUAGACAGGAUGUUAACAGAUGUGAUGUUCUGAAGUUAACAAAAGAUCCAGCUUAUAUUUCAAAUCUCUCUAGUACUGCAGAAAAUAAAAGAGAAUUUGACACAUCUGCUGCUUCCCAUGACUCUGGUCCUGUUGUGCGAUUGGAAAAAACAAAUGAUCAACAUGAAGCUGUUAGACAACUUUGUGACAAGAAAGGCAAAACUGAUAUUUUUAAGAAAUUUAAUCUGACCAAAUGUUCCAUUAAUGUUAAGAGAUUGUCAAAAGAAGAAAUAGAUGAUCAAACAAGCAAACCAAGGGCGGCUGGAUACUUUUAUGAGGGUUGUGAUGAUGUUAUGAUUGACAAUGUGCCAACAGAAGGGAAUGCCAUACCUUUUGGUGAAGCUGAUUUUAUUAUUGUGCAGGAUGCUCCUGACGAUGUUAUUUCUAAGCUUAUGCAUGAUGCUUGGUUAGAAAUGGAAAGUAAUCAAGGUGUUGUUAAUUGUGAAGAAAUUGUUCUGGAAGGUAGGUGUAAAGCUGAAAUUGAUACUGAAGAGAACUCCUCAGAUAAUAAUGUUAUCAUUGUGAUUGAUGAUGAUUUUGAUGAAUUUCAAAGAGAGCAACAUUCAGAGCAGAAAAAUGCUCCUGAGAUCAGUUGA